GACAAUUUCGAGUGAAGUCAAGUUCAUAGAGAUCGGCUAGGGUCCGGGCGUGUUUGUGUGAGGCUCAAAGUAUAGGUGAGCCUGGGCGUGCAUGGGUCGGUAUGUCUGAUGCCUCCAAACCUCGUUCGACACCGUGAUCGUACUUCUCUGUCUCUGUAUGCAGCACCUCUUCCAAAGUCUCGCCGGCUUCUUUCAGGCUUUCAACUGAUCCAACGGGUCAAAAGCGCAGCUGAUGAAGGAAACUCCACCCAGCCCACUGCUUCCUUGCCGAUGACAACUCCACUUCAUGUACCUCAUAUGCCGGAGAGCCAAACGCCCACUGGCUUGCCCGAAUGGCUCGCUAUCUACUACAGCCUUUCCAAUAAGUUAUAUUGUGGCGCGUCAGCUGUUAAUGGACCUCCCUACGUGUUUCCUAUGGCGUCACCCGCGCAUGAAAGCAAUCUUGAUGAAGAAUUGCUGGAUCUCCGAACCCAAACCUUAUUCCCUCCUGUUCAAGGUUCGGAAGAAGGACCCGCUUCGAUUGACCCUGCACUAUUCGACAUGAUGCCGACCUUCUCUCAAUUCAACCCUAAUCCCGAAAUGGCUUCCCGUUCCCAGAUCUCGAACCCUAUGUCGUUGGACACAUUCAAUCAUGCUGCGAUUCCUGAGCCUUCUAAAUAUGGGAUGAAGACGAACUCAAAUGAACAUGCUGCCUAUCGGCUUCAAGGCCUAGCUUGGAAGUUGGGAUAUCGCUUUGUCCCUCUCUGAGUUGACGCGGGCGGUGGCGGUUCCCCCGGACUGAGAAAUGUGCUGCAUGUAAGUCGAUUCCUCGUGUUUGAUUGAAUGCUUAGAAUUGCUGCUACGACUCGGUUUGCUUGGUUUGCUUGGUGUUCACUGCUACUCUUCUAGCCUACGUUCGGAGUAAAUG